UGUUUACGUCCUCCAUUUUUGGUUUGUUGGUUCCGUGGUACAGGAGUAUUUCCUGUUGAAUUUCGUCAUUUGUCGCUGAAUUCACGAAUUCCACUCGGCUUCAAAGUACCAGUUAGAGUCUUUACAGAAUGAGUAUCUUUGGCAAGAUGUUCGGGAAGCCUAAGGCCGAUGGAAAAGCGCCAUCAGCCCAAGAAGCCAUUCACAAACUUCGAGAGACAGAAGAGAUGUUAGGAAAGAAACAAGAACAUUUAGAGAAGAAAAUCGAUCAAGAACUUCGAAUCGCUAAAACGAACGGCACUAAAAACAAACGAGUUGCUUUGGCUGCGUUAAAAAGAAAGAAAAGGCUUGAAAAACAGUUACAGCAAAUAGAUGGGACAUUAUCAACUAUAGAAUUCCAAAGAGAAGCUCUUGAAAAUGCUAAUACAAAUACAGAAGUUCUCAAGAAUAUGGGAUAUGCAGCCAAAGCCAUGAAAAGUGCACACCAACACAUGUGA